AUGCCGACGUUUGACAUUAAACCUAAUAAAGUAUAUAAACACCUUCAAGCUUUAAAAACCUUCAAGCAGUCAGACAAACCUUUCCUCCACCCUAGCAGCAGCAGCUCCUCUCUCUCCUUCUCUCCUUCCACCACCAGCUCCCAAAUCAAAGAUUCAGAGAGAUUACCCAUACCACCAAACCGUUACACACAUCUCAAGAAAGCGUGGUUAGGUAUAUACGGACCUGUUUACGAACACAUGAAGGUGGACAUCAGGAUGAACCUCGAGUCAUACAAAGUCGAGCUCAAGACCCGAGCCGACACUCCUGACGUCAGCAAUCUCUCGAAAUCUGCUGAUUUUGUUCAAGCGUUCAUGCUCGGUUCUGAUAUCUCUGAUGCUAUUCGUCUUCUGGGGAAGGAAGAGUUAGUUGUAGAUUAA